AAUGCAGGAAUUGGAUUAUAAGGUGAAAGUUUAAUUCUUUAUUAGAUAGUUUGCUGAAAGUUAACUGUUUUGGUCAUAUUUUCUUCAGUAAACAUUUAUUCUAAAGUUGUGUUCUAACCAGCUGUUCUUAGAUCCGCUUCCAGAAGCUUUACAUAAUCCUCAAAUUCCCACGGGAAGAGUUUUAAAUUAAUAAAAAAUAAAUAAAUAAAUCAGUGUUUUUCUCUUAGAUACCAAUAAAAAUAAGAGUCUGUUGUUGUUCUCUGAGGUUUCUGUCUGGUCUUUCGAUGUUGGUUCAAUAUGGUCACGUCUGCAGGCUUGGGGACCACCUGAGCUGGACCGUGGGAGGAAAUGGAUAAGUAGCAAUGGAAACAAUGCAGCAGCUCUGACCUGACCUGCUAACCUAAUGACCCCUUUCUCCUUUUGAACAAGUACACAGAGUGAUCUUUCAUCUAACCUCUCUGCAGUUCUGCUCUUUUUUUAAGAGGUACAAUGAAAAAGCAAGUACCCAAGAGGUAUAGCCAGAUGCCCAUAACUGAAGCACUGGAAAGUGCCAAACAAAGGCUCCAAGCCUUGGCCAACCACCUAAGACUUAGACUUAGACAGAUUUAUUUUGUCAUUUUGUUUACACCCGUGUAAACAAAAAAUUUUUUUGACUCCGCCCACAAAAAGAAUGUGGGCGGAGUCCACAAAAAUGUGGGCGGAGUCAAAGGGUGUGGAAUUCACUGAUGAUGUCAUGAUUUCCUUUGAUCAUUUCUAUGUUCCUUGAGGGUGGUGGUAGCAUUCUAGCUGCGGCUCCCAGCGGUAAGCUGACUAUUAUUGCUCCUCAAAGCUAUUUUGGAUUUAAACUGCAAGAAAUCACAAAAUGCCUUCCCGGGAAAAGUAUAUUGAACUAAAAGAGUUGCGUGAGUUGAAUAGGAGAAACGUCCAACACCUCUGUGGACUGUACGAGCAACUUGAAAGGGAUUUACCUGAAAUAGACUUUACAUGUGAUGCUAACAGCUGGAUUAAAGCUGAGAUGAAGUUUAGCAAACAGUUGGAAAAAAGGGCCCAUGGGCUUCAACAGGAACUCAAAGCCCAGGAGGCUUUCCGGAUGAAACAACAUCAGGAAGAUGAAAAAGUAGAAGCUUUACGUCAGAGAAAUGCUGAACUUAAGCAGCAGGCAAAAACAGCAGAAGAACAGUUAGUCGAUACAACUGUAAUGAAGCUUCAGUUCAAAAUUGCAAAAGCGCAGGAGGAAAAGUUAAAGAAAAACAACAAGAUAUUGAUGGAAAAGGUUGAGAGCUUGACAAAAGAACUGUCAUUUCAAACUAAACUGGAUAAGAGUUACAGAGAGACUCAAGAAUUGCUUGGUGAGUUGGAGAAAACUGAAGCAAGUUUUUUACAAAAGAUUCAGGAAAAAAAACAAAACUUGGAACCUGGGAUGUCUACAUGGUUCGCUUAUUUGGGAAAAACGAAACAACACAAGAUUGAAAAGCAAAUAACUUCCAUCAUGAAGAAAAUGAAGGAUAUGAAAAAAUAUCUUGAUCAUAUUGAGCCCUAUUUUAGAAAAGACCCGACGCUCAUGAACAACUUUCUGUCCAUCGCAAGUGAGACAUCUGAGGAAACCGACUCACAAGACUCACAAGACAGUGAGUCAGAAAUAGAACAGGUUUCAGAGCUGUCCAAACUUCAAUGUGAAUCCUCCACUGACCCAGAGUUGAGGACGAUCUCUGAAGCAGAUUUAGAGGACCAAUCUGUGGAGAUGUUGAAAGGAAAGCUCAGUUCCAGUGAAGUGUUAAGAUAUUACAGCAUAAUAUUUAAUGACAGAUGAUUGGGGGAUGGGGAAUUUUGUACGUAUAAGCCCACUUUGUUGGGAUGUGUGUGAGUAAAUCACACUAGUUUAUUCUUUAAAAAAGCUUGUGCAUAGUUAUUAACACUGCUGCAUCACUGCACUACAGGGUUCAAAGCUCACCUGCUGUGUUUCUCUGUGAUGUUGGUGUGCUGUGACUGUGCAUCUGUGGGUUCUCUCCAGGGGCUCUGGCUCGCCCACAGGGUUUUAAAACCUCCUCGAUUGGUUUACUAGUUUGUAGAAAUGUAAUAUCACUAGUCUUUUCUUCUGGUACCUUGCUGCCUGCUUACGCAGCUUAAAAUAUCUCGUUCUGUUAAGUUGGAUGAACAGUAGUGUGUCAAACAUCCUUUCACAGGGGUUUAGGGUUUUCCAGCAGGAAAGAUAUGAUUGGUCUGGCUUGGGAGAACGGUUAAACAUGGGCAUCAUGUUACUGCCCCACAUGAAGUGGACCAACUUUAGUGAUCUGCCAUUCUGUGAUUUUUGGUUAUGUCACUAGAGAGUCCCACACUGCGGUAUUGAGUUCACUUGCUGUUUUGACUGCUGAGCUGUUGUUCAGGCUUCUCCGUCUUUUUCUUUCUGUGAUAUCUCCUUAUCUAAGUAACUCUUACUGUCCAGAAGCACUUUAAAGCCUAGCUUGAACAUCCAGGUGUUAACAUAGGCCCACCUUUAAGCCACCAAGAAGCCCCACGUAGUUGUCCUCUAACAUUGCCUGAGCAGCUAUGCGAUUGGGUAACCGUACGCAGAAAACGUAGUCGUAGAUAUCUGCCCACUGGUCAGCACUAACCCAUCCAUAUUUCUAUCCGAUUUUCCCCGCUCAAUGACGUACCCACUGGGUAUUCACGCGGUAAUGACACCCGGUUACGCCGAUCGGAAGUCACUAAAAUUAGUGUUGCUUCGGUGUGUAAGUUUGCCAAAACAAUGUUGGACUCGGUAAUUUUCUCUGGUCCCCUCCCUG